CAUGCUGUGCAUUGGGACCUCCCUGGUGUUUGGGCCCAUUCUGGGGAAAAGCUGGCGACUUUAUAAGGUGUUUACCCAGAGGGUCCCGGACAAGAGAGUGAUUAUUAAAGACCUGCAGCUGCUGGGAUUGGUGGCAGCAUUGGUGAUUGCUGAUGUGAUCCUGCUCCUGACAUGGGUGCUGACUGAUCCCAUCCAGUGCCUUCAGAUUCUUGGUGUCAGUAUGACGGUGACAGGGAGAGACGCGUCCUGCUCUCUGACCAGCACACACUUCUGUGCUUCCCUCUACUCUGAUGUCUGGAUUGCUCUCGUUUUGGGAUGCAAGGGUCUGCUCCUGCUGUAUGGAGCCUACCUGGCUGGCCUGACUGACCAUGUCAGCUCUCCUCCUGUGAACCAGUCCUCAACCAUCAUGGUGGGGGUCAACCUCGUGGUGCUGGCUGCUGGGCUUCUUUUUGUGGUCACCAGAUACUUGCAUUCCUGGCCCAACCUGGUCUUUGGACUCACAUCUGGAGGCAUCUAUGUUUGCACAACUACAAUCAACUGCUUCAUCUUCAUUCCGCAGCUGAAGCAAUGGAAGGCAUUUGAAGAGGAAAACCAAACAAUUAGACAAAUGGCCAAAUAUUUCAGCACUCCCAGCAAAGGCUUCCAUACUCAUUGCGGUGAGGAACAGAACUGCCACUCGAGAGGAGAAAAAAACUCCAUGGAAAGGCUCCUUACAGAAAAAAACGCUGUGAUUGAAAGCCUGCAGGAACAAGUAAACAAUGCCAAAGAGAAGCUAGCGAGGCUGAUGUCAGCGGACUGUCCCUGUGAUCCCCCAGAGUGGGCUGUGCCACCGGCCUCUUUCCAGAGCACUGGCAUCCACGCUGCAGCCUCUGGCCAUGGCACAACAGCUCAGGGGCCUUCGGAACGCCUCUCUGACUCUCUGAAUGAUACCAGCCCAGCUGCCGAGGACUCUCAGAGUACCUCAAUGCCCUCCUCAAGUACACAAAGCCUCGAGGGACCUGUAAAGGGCCCCAGCCCCUCCCCAGGGCAGAAGGACAAGAUGACUCCUUUAAACUCAGGCUGUAUCCAGAAACCAAGGGCUGAGAAAAGCGGGAGUCCUGGAGGAGGGAGCCAGGUGCCCGUGGCCCCCAGCCAGAAUCCCGUACCAGUUGACAUCUCUGCUCCCCAUAGACAGAGGCAGCUGGAGUGCUCAGAGAAGCAACAAACGUGCCUGUCAAGGGUCAAUUCAGUGAUCAGGAAGAAGCUUCAGGAGGUGUUACAAGAUCUGAGUCUGGGCCCUGAGGCUCCCCUCCCUUCUUCCCCAUCUUGUCCCCAGCAGCCCUUGAAGAGCAGUGCUGCCCACAGCCCCCAGAAGAUACCCUUCCCCAAGGAGCUGGGCUUCAGUCCGUAUAUGGUGAGGAGAAGGCAGGCCGCUCAGUGGGCGCCCUCACAGUUCCCAGGCUCCGUACUCUCAUAUGUGGGGCAUCGGGCAAGCAGGACUGUUUCUGGGGCACAGAGUGGGCUGAAUGUGCACAAUGUGGACAGCUGGGGCCUGGACCACCGAGCUACCCAGCCCAGGGUGCCAAGGCCCACUUCCAGGAAGUCCUCACUACUAUCCCCCAAUUCUCGAGGCAGGCCGAGUACCCUGGAGGACAGCAACCAAGGUCAGGCAGAGCCCCAGAGGGCAGGAAGGAGUGGUGCCGCCUUUUCUCUCCAGCUCUCUGGUUCUGGCCCAGCAGGAAGCCCCUCCUCCCCACGCCUACCCACAGCCUCAGCAGACCUGCCUGAGCAGCAGCAGCUACAGCCUCCCGGGUCUCCAGCCUGUCCCUCGCUGUCUUCUCCAUGCGGCUACCUUGACACUGAUUCCAGCAGCUCAGAUGAGUUCUUCUGCCGCUGCCACCGGCCCUACUGUGAAAUCUGCUUCCAGAGCCCCUCAGACUCCAGUGAGAGUGGCACUUCAGACACCGACCCUGAGCCUGCUGGGGGACUGGCCUCCUGGGAAAAGCUGUGGGCCCGCUCAAAGCCUAUUGUGAACUUCAAAGAUGACUUGAAACCCACAUUGGUGUGAAAAGCAGCACAGCUGGUCUGGACACAGAGGCCAGUCCCACACAAGCCGUACCAAAGCUUCAGGAGGACAGCCAGCUUCCAGCCUUUGGGGGAGCAGACGGGUCCCCUCCAUUUGGCCCUUUCUAUGUUGCAACUAUGCUAUACCUGUGUCCACUGCUUUGUGUUGAGCACUUCUUGAUCGGUAAAAAGAGGGGUAUUGCCUGUUUUGUUACUACCUCACAGCAUUACUGUAAAAGACUCCAGUUGAGUGACUAAGAAGAUACUGACUCUUUGGAUAAAAGGUGCUAAGUGAACACACAGGGUUUUCCCUUCUAGUCAGCCUGCAUUCUACGAAACUCAAUAUAUACCAGCUGGAUGGCUGGAUAGACAGACAGAUGGAGAGAUGGAUGGAAAUUUUCUACAGAACUGGAGUUGUGAACUGUGACCCAUGCAACUGGCCCUUUGGUGGACAGACCUGCCGGGAAGAUAAAUCUCCUGCAUCCUUGGGCCUCCCUACUCUUGGAAGAGGGUGGUUUUGUUUCCACUGAAAGUUGUGCACAGCACCUUCCCUAGGGUUCGGCUUCUGGCCAGAGUCAGCUCAGAGCCACCUCUACACCACCAUUUCUUAUUCGUGUCUUUCCACCAUGAAGGCUCCUGAGACAAUCAAAGUUCCCAAGUGCCCUCAGGCUCCCCAGAUCUUUCUCCUGGGCUUGGAUGAUUCCCGAAGCCCAGACCUGACCUUGGUCCUGCGGCCUGUCCAGUUGACUACCCCAGUGGCACAGUCCACGUUCAUGGACUUGAAAGUUUUGAAUUGGGAGGAACCAAACACUGGCAAUCUCUGUUGGGGUAAGGGAGACCCUGUGAAUCAAGAGGUGCUUUGGGUGCUAUUAGGGUUACGUGAUACCCUAUAAAUCACUGAUACAUAAAGAAAAUGGAAAAAUAGAAAGGAAGAAAUGGAGUAAUACUGGGAGAGAAAAAGGCAGGAAAGAAAUCGGUUUUUGAAACUUGAGCCCGGCGCAAGACUUGGCAAUAUCAAAUUGCAGUAAUUGUUUAUGAUAAGCCUGUGAAGUAGACACUACCGUUCUCAUUUUCACAGAUGAGGAAUAUGAGGCUUACAGAAGUGAGAUAACUUCCCCAACAUCACACAGCGAGAGAAUGAUCAAUGCAGGACUUGCUCGCAGCUCAUGUGACUCCAAGUUGAGUGGGUUUCCUCAAGGACACAUCUCUUCACUCGUUCUUCUGGGAGUGGCAGGUGGGGCUUGGCAGGCCAGAGAGUAAAGCCAGGGUAGUCUGUGAAAGCUGAGACAUGCUCAUGCCACAGUCCUGGGCAAGGCCUCGCUCAAGAAAGGGGCCUGCACUUAACUGCUCCACAGGAGGUAUGUGCGGCACAUACGCACCUCCCAAGGGAGCCAGGGAGUUGGUGACACAUGAGUGCCAGGCUCGUAUCUGCCGCCAAAGCCACA